GAGGCGAUUCCACCUCAGCCCUGGGUGUCGGGGCGGGACCGGGCCGCCCCAGCCCGCUAAGUAGCGGGGAGCCCGGGCUGAGCCAGCGCUGCCCUUCCGUGCCCGGGGGAGCCUCGGCCGCCGGUGCCCCGCCAGCCGCGGGGCUAUGGAGCAGCGCGGGAACGCGGGCGGCCGUGUCUGCAUGUCACAGACCGUCUUCCCGGCACACGCCGACCACCGCGGGGAGCUGAGCGCCGGGCAGCUCCUCAAGUGGAUGGACGCCACCGCCUGCCUCGCAGCUGAGAAACAUGCUGGUGUGUCUUGCGUGACAGCGUCUAUGGAUGACAUACAGUUUGAAGAGGCUGCCAGGGUUGGACAAAUUAUCACCAUCAAAGCAAAGGUGAACAGAGCGUUCAAAACCAGCAUGGAGGUUGGCAUCAAGGUUACAGUGCAAGACGUUUUGACUGAUGUUGAAAAAAUUGUGAGUGUGGCAUAUGCAACAUAUGUAGCCAAACCAGUUGGUGCUGGAAAGAUUGAAUUAGAACCUAUAAAGCUGCUCUCUGCCCAAGACCACCUGGAGCACACCCUGGCUAUUGAGAGAAGAAGAAUACGACUGGGCUAUGAACAGGUCUUCAAGAACCUAAUGCAGGAGAGUAAUAAGGAAGAUACUUUUGAAGACGAAGAUGCAGUUUCAACUGAGUUUACACACGUACAGAGUAUUGAGCUUGUCCAGCCUCCUCAUGCAAACCAUCAUGGCAACACUUUUGGUGGCCAGAUCAUGGCUUGGAUGGAGACAGUGGCCAGUAUUGCAGCAAGCCGCCUUUGUCGUUCAUAUCCCAUCUUGAAAUCAGUCAAUAUGUUUAAAUUCUGGGGACCAUCUGUGGUGGGUGACCGCCUUGUCUUCAAUGCAAUUGUGAACAAUACAUUUCAAAAUAGUGUGGAGGUUGGUGUCCGUGUUGAGGCUUAUAACUGUGAAGAAUGGAUCAAGGACCAAGCACGGCAUAUUAACAGCGCGUUUCUCAUUUUUAACGCUGUAAAUGACAAAGGACAGCUGCUCACCUUCCCCAAAAUCAAACCUACUACAAAGGAUGGCAUGAGGCGAUACCGUGGAGCUAUUGUCAGAAGGAGAAUUCAACUAGCCAGAAAAUGUAUGCUGUCUGCUAAAGAAGACAAGCCUUCUGACCCCUGGGAGAGAAGCAACCAGGCAUAUAUGAGUUACAGCAAUGUGGCUGCACUGACACACCUAGCAGCAAAAGUGGGAUGGGAAAUAACCAGUACACUGGAUGAUGUAAAAAUAUGGACUCAUGAGGAAGGUGAUGUGUUGUCACUCAAAGUUGAAAUGCAAGUGAAGAUACCAUCACGCUUAGCUUUCUCACUUUUGACUGACUUCACACUCCGCCAACAGUGGGACAAGCAUGUCUUAACUUGUGAGGUCCUACAGGCUGUGAAUGAAGACGAGAAAAUAUAUUAUGUUACAUCUCUACCCGUAACUGGCCAUAAACCCAGAGACUUUGUGAUUCUCGUGUCUCAAAGGCAACCCUGUAAACCAAGCGAACCCUACGUGGUAGCUGUAAAAUCAGUUACCCUCACCUCUGUGCCACCUUCUCCAGGAUACUGCAGGAGUGAGAUCCUUUGUGCUGGAUUCCAGAUCUACAGUGGAAGCAACAGCAACUGUACGGUGUGUUACUUCAAUCAAGUGACAUCAGGUUUAAUGCCGUACUUAGCUGCAAAUCUUACUGGCUCAUCAAAAGCCAUUGAAGACACUGCUUUGGAAUGUAUAAAGUUCUUGGAGCGGGAAGGCAGCAAGUCCUAAAGAUAAGAACAGAUUUGUGAAGAGACCUCUGAAGAUUGUCAACCAGUACCAGUUAAAAUUCCUGCAUGCGUGUUCAUUGACUUUCUACAGUUAGUUGUUUUGGAUCAUGUAGCCAAUAUUGGGCUUGAGCCUGAGAAUAUCUAGUACAAGCAUUUUCUAUCAAAUUAAGAUUAGGCUUUAGGCUCUAAAUUCAAUUUAAUUUUAAAAAGAUUAAAGGAUAGAUUCCACUCUUGUUUGCAUUGAUUAAUUUUAUAUAAAUGGAGCCAGAAUUUGGCCAGGUAGAGCUGUAGCUCAAGAGACAAUUUCACUGUUUUAAUAUCAUAUUGAAUGUAAUGACAUCCAGCCAGUUUUAGUUCAGUAAAUACCACCCUGGCUAAUUUGCAGAGAAGUGAUGCUGCCAAGUCGCUUACCCAGUGGUCUGACCUGGUUGUCCAGGUUCUCGCACACCCAUUAUAUGUAGAUUACACCCUAUGUAAGAUAGCAUUUGCUAAUGUUUGUACUUUAUCUGUUAAUACUUGUAGUUUAUCCGUGACUUCCAAUAAAUUAUUGUUUCUGAGAUUA